GAGCGCGGAGGCGCCGCCCAGGCUUCGGAAGGUGCGGGGGAGACAUUUUGGUAGCUGUGCCGUCGUCGCCGGGACCGGCGGCCUAGAAAGCCGAGACUAAUGGGCGCCAAGACCGGCUGGCUGCUUGGAGCGCUGCCACGAAGGGACUGCGUACAAGGAACUAAUCCAGGGAGCAGAGGCCUGGACUGGAAAUAUGGCGACCUGCAUCGGGGAGAAGAUCGAGGAUUUUAAAGUUGGAAAUCUGCUCGGUAAGGGAUCAUUUGCUGGUGUCUACAGGGCUGAGUCCAUUCACACUGGUUUGGAAGUUGCCAUCAAAAUGAUAGAUAAGAAAGCCAUGUACAAAGCUGGAAUGGUACAGAGAGUCCAAAAUGAGGUGAAAAUACAUUGCCAGUUGAAACACCCUUCUAUCUUGGAGCUUUAUAAUUAUUUUGAAGAUAGUAAUUAUGUGUACCUGGUAUUAGAAAUGUGCCAUAAUGGAGAAAUGAACAGAUAUCUAAAGAACAGAAUGAAACCCUUUUCAGAAAAUGAAGCUCGACACUUCAUGCACCAGAUCAUCACAGGAAUGCUGUAUCUUCAUUCUCAUGGUAUUUUACACCGGGACCUUACACUUUCUAACCUCUUACUUACACGUAACAUGAACAUCAAGAUUGCUGAUUUUGGGCUGGCAACUCAAUUGAAAAUGCCACAUGAAAAGCACUAUACAUUAUGUGGAACUCCUAAUUACAUUUCACCAGAAAUUGCAACUCGAAGUGCCCAUGGACUUGAAUCUGAUAUUUGGUCCCUGGGCUGUAUGUUUUAUACAUUACUUAUUGGGAGACCACCUUUUGACACGGACACAGUCAAGAACACAUUAAAUAAAGUAGUAUUGGCAGAUUAUGAAAUGCCAACUUUUUUGUCAAGAGAAGCCAAAGAUCUUAUUCACCAAUUACUUCGUAGAAAUCCAGCAGAUCGUUUAAGUCUGUCUUCAGUAUUAGACCAUCCUUUUAUGUCCCGAAAUUCUUCAACAAAAACUAAAGAUUUAGGAACUGUAGAAGACUCAAUUGAUAGUGGACACGCCACAAUUUCUACUGCAAUUACGGCUUCUUCCAGUACCAGUAUAAGUGGUAGUUUAUUGGACAGGAGAAAACUUGUGAUUGGUCAGCCACUCCCAAAUAAAAUGACUGUAUUUCCAAAGAAUAAAAAUUCAAGUGACUUUUCUUCUUCAGGAGAUGGAAGCAGUUUUUAUAUUCAGUGGGGAAAUCAAGAACAAGAAACCGGUAAUAGUGGAAAAGGAAGAGCAAUCCAAGAUGCAGAAGAAAGACCACAUUCUCGAUACCUUCGUAGAGCCCAUUCUUCUGAUAGAUCUGGCACAUCUAAUAGUCAGUCCCGAGGAAGAAAAUAUACAAUGGAAAGAUGUCAUUCAGCAGAAAUGCUUUCAAAGUCCAAAAGAUCAGGAGUCGAUGAAAAUGAAGAGAGAUACUCACCUACAAAUAGCAAUGCCAAUAUUUUCCACUACUGUAAAGAAAAGACAUCCAAUAAUUCUGGACCUUUUGAAAGGCCUGAUAACAAUCAAGCACUCUCCAAUCAUCUUUGUCCAGGAACAACUCCUUUUCCAUUUUCAGACCAGACAUCUCAUACUGAAAUGGUACAACAGUGGUUUGGGAAUCUGCAAAUCAAUGCUCUUUUAAAAGAACCUACUGAGCAUGACAGCAUUAACCCAAACAAAGAUUUCCAGGGCUGUCCAGAUUUGCAGAAGGACACAUCAAGAAAUGCCUGGCCUGACAUACAAGCCAAAAAGAACUCAGAUGCUUCCAAUGAUGUACAUUCUGUAAAACAACUGAAUACCAUGAAAUAUAUGGCUUCACUUCACAAUAAACCUGAGAUAAUUCAACAAGGGUCUAUUUUUGGCUUAGAUCCUGUUUCUGAACAAAGCAAGACCUGGGGUAUGGAUCCAUCGCUGGGUUAUCAAAAACGUACAUUACGAAGCAUUUUAUCUCCCUUGACUGCUCACAGGUUAAAACCAAUCAGACAGAAAACCAAAAAGGCUGUGGUGAGUAUACUUGAUUCAGAGGAGGUGUGUGUGGAGCUUCUAAAGGAGUAUACAUCUCAAGAAUAUGUGAAGGAAGUUCUUCAAAUAUCUAGUGAUGGAAAUAUGAUCACUGUUUAUUAUCCAAAUGAUGGAAGAGGUUUUCCUCUUGCUAAUAAACCACCCUCACUUACUGACAACAUCAGUAGGUUCAGCUUUGACAAUUUACCAGAAAAGUACUGGAGAAAAUACCAAUAUGCUUCCAGAUUUGUACAGCUUGUAAGAUCUAAAUCUCCCAAAAUCACUUAUUUUACAAGACAUGCUAAAUGCAUUUUGAUGGAGAAUUCUCCUGGUGCUGAUUUUGAGGUUUGGUUUUAUGAUGGAGCAAAAAUACAUAAGACUCAAGAUUUAAUUCAGGUGAUUGAAAAGACUGGGAAAUCUUAUACCUUAAAAGGUGAAAGUGAAGUUAGUAGCUUGAAAGAGGAAAUAAAAAUAUAUAUGGACCAUGCUAAUGAGAGUCAUCGUAUUUGUUUAGCACUGGAAUCUAUAAUUUCAGAAGAGGAAAAAAAAAGUGCAAGUGCUCCCUUUUUCCCAAUAAUUAUAGGAAGAAAACCUGGCAGUACUAGUUCAUCUAAGACCUUACCACCUCCUUCUUCUGGGGAUCCAAACCCAAUGAGAGAUACACCAUCUUUGAAUAGAAUGAUCAUGAAUAGUGCUGCAUCUCCGAAAAAGGCACCAAUUCCUAAUCCUUCUAUGGUUACAAAUGAAGGACUUGGCUUUACAGCUGCGGCUUCUGGAACAAACAUCUCUUCUACCAGUCUAAAAGAUUGUCUUCCUAAAUCUGCACAGCUUUUGAAAUCUGUUUUUGUGAAAAAUGUUGGUUGGGCUACACAGUUAACAAGUGGAGCUGUGUGGGUUCAGUUUAAUGAUGGAUCCCAGCUGGUUGUGCAAGCAGGAGUGUCUUCUAUCAGUUUUACAUCCCCAAAUGGUCAAACAACUAGGUAUGGAGAAAAUGAAAAGUUACCAGAUUAUAUCAAACAGAAAUUACAGUGUCUUUCUUCCAUCCUUUUGAUGUUUUCUAAUCCAACUCCUAGUUUUCAUUGAUUAAAACUCCUUUUAGAUAUGUAAGUUUAAUAAAUAACUUUUUUUUUGGCUUUCAAAUAAAGUGACUUUUUUUAUUUAAUGUAACUUUUUAACUUCAGAAAGCCUUUCUCCAAAAGACAAUUUUAAUCUGUGCAUCCUGUAUAUAUUCUAAUGAGACAACAAAGCAGAAUGAAACUCAGUUCACUUACAAAAUGUAGUAGGUUAUAGUAUAAAACAGAUAGGAAACCUAACUUUGCUCUUAGAACAUGCCCCCAAACUUAAUGUGUUCAUAUAUUUGUAUGGAACAGUCUUUUAAAAGCAAAAAUAUAAAUGGUGUGUGCUUUACAUGUGCUUUUAUUGUUUUCUCUAUUUCUCAGAUAUGUUGAGAAUCAUGGACAAAACUUGAUGGACUUUUUCAAUUUUUUAACGUGUAAAU